AGCGAGCGGGAGGACCAAGACGUCAUUCUUGACGUGGCACCCUUCAAGAUACUGGACUGCUCAAAACAUGAAUGGAGGCAGUCUGCAGUCUGAGACAACAAAUCAAAAAUCCACUUCUCUGCGACGUGCUCUCAAAAAGAAAGAAAACGGCUGCUAAUUGUCAAAUUGGUUGGAUGACAUUUUGAUGACUUCAAUCUCAUCUUUAACCUCACAUUACCAAGCUCGGAAUUUGCCUCAGUCUAUUACACAUUAAAAGUCAUUCAAAUUGAAUUCAGGAGCAGCUGGUCAUACAUCACAUGCCUGUGCUCAAAAAUUAAAAGCUCUGCUCUCGGGACACGUGUGAAUUAUGUAUCACACUCAAACAUGCCUACUUCAGCUACAAAAAAAGAAAAUGGGGCUUUGCAGUACAUUGCUGCUCUUUCUUCAACCCCUCCUCUCACCUCUCCUCUAUCGUCCAGAGCCUCAAACUGGCUGUUUGUUUAUUAAUUGUAUUUAAUGUGACCAGUCUGUAUGUAUAAGGCAGACGCAAAGACAACAUGCAGGCGAGGUUCAGAUUUACAGCCCUGGUUAAUUUCAACAGUGAGCUGCCGCAACACGUUGGAGAUAUCAAUAUUCUGAUGGUGACGAGCCAGUAGGAGAGAGAGAAAAAAGAUGUGGGUAGGAGGGGAGGGGGGGGGAGAGGGAGGAGGCUUGCGAGCAAGUGUGCAAAGGCAGAGAGACUGAGGGCGCAGGAGAGAGAGAAAGAGAGCGAGAGAGAGAGAGCGAGGUGGAGCGAGGGAGCGAGGGAGCGCGCGCAAGAGAGAGAGAGAAACAGCACAGAUGAUCGACGCCAGGCUGCCACCACUCUGUAGUGGUGAGUGGCUGCAACAAAAGCACAGAAUAACAUCCCGAGCCCUCUCCUCCGCUUUUUCCCUCUUCCUCUGCGUCUGUGCUCGCAGGCGAGAGCUCCGUGCACUGCGCUAGCGAGGCUGUGUGCCGAGACUGAGCUGGCGACGGGCGCAGGGUCUCGAGCUGCCAUCAACAAGUUAGGGUCGGAGGACCCCCCAGUCAUGGAAGGGGACCGCUUGAUCUUCAAUUAACCAAUUGAGCUGACAUCAUUGCAGAGGAAGGGAAGCGGGGGACCCAGUGAGGAGCGGGGGUCUGUGUUAGCCACGGUCUCUCCGCAUGCAAAUCGUCAAGUGAAACAAAAUAAUUAAGGAUUCCCAGGAAGAGGAGAGGAAAAGAAAUGUGUUCCCUUAAUCUGGAAUUUGGAAGAAGAAAAAAAGAGGACUAAUAAGAAACAGCAACAUCCCGGGACAUGGAAUUUCUGAUUAUAUUUCAAUUGGGUGGGCUCAGCAUUGCUUUAUUUCAGAAGAGCCUAAUUCCUUUUGUGUUCACUCAAAAGGGUUUUUUCCCUUUGGAUUUCUGUUCCAUCUGGCUGCUCCAAGGGUCUGUGGAAAAGGACAGUUGAAUGCAGCCACCGAUGUGCACAAAAGAAUGGGUUUCCAUUCAAGGUGGCCAUUGGUGGGACCUACACCAGCGGCCCUGUGUCUGUGUGUGAUCAGCAUGCUGCUGUGCCUGCCGCCCCCUGCGUCGUGCACAACCUGCCCUCAGAAAUGCCGCUGUGAGGACCUGCAGUUCUACUGUGACACCCAGGGGCUUCAGGCGCCCCCAGAUGGCGUGGACAAGGGGGCCCUUGGGCUGUCACUGCGCCACAACAGCAUCACCGAGCUAAGCCCCGACCAAUUCUAUGGCUUCAGCCAGCUAACCUGGCUCCAUUUGGACCACAACCAGAUCACAACGGUUCAGGAGGAUGCCUUCCAGGGGCUGUAUAAACUUAAGGACCUCAACCUGAGCUCCAACCGCAUCACCAAGCUGCCCAACACAACCUUCAUCCACCUCAUCAACCUCCAGAUCCUGGAUCUGUCUUUCAACCAGAUGACAGCGCUGGAGCCAGAGCUGUUCCACGGGCUGAGGAAGCUCCAGAUCCUGCACCUGCGCUCCAACUCCCUGCGCACCACCCCUGUCCGGGCGUUUUGGGACUGCCGCAGCCUGGAGUACCUGGGCCUCAGCAACAACCGGCUCCGGAGCCUGGCCCGGAACGGCUUUGCUGGGCUCAUCAAGCUCAGAGAGCUCCACUUGGAACACAACCAGCUGACCAAGAUCAACUUGGCCCAUUUCCCACGACUGGUUGCCCUCCAGUUCCUCUACCUGCAGUGGAACAAGAUCAGCAACCUAACGUGUGGCAUGGAUUGGACCUGGACCACCCUGGAGAAGCUGGACCUCACAGGCAACGAGAUCCGGGUCUUGACGCCUGAUGUUUUCGAAACGCUGCCGAACCUGAAAAUCCUGCUGCUGGAUAACAACAAACUAAGCAGCCUGGAUCCCCUGGUCAUGGAUAUGUGGCAGUCACUGAGCACCAUCGGGCUGUCCAGCAACCUUUGGGAAUGUACCAAAAGGAUCUGCUCCCUGGCCACUUGGCUCAGCACCUUCAAGGGAAGAUGGGAACAUUCCAUUCUGUGCCACAAUCCUGAGUACGCCCAGGGUGAGGAGAUACUGGAUGCCGUGUAUGGAUUCCAACUUUGUCAGAAUUUUUCGGCUCCAGUUAUUCAGACUGUUAGUACAGCCACGGACGCCACGACAACCCCAGAGGUCACCAGCUCCCUGUUUGGAAUUAUGCAGCAGACCCCAACGGACUUCUAUGCAGAGGAUUUGGGGAGCUUUACUAUUGUGACCACCAUGACCACAACUACUCAAACUCCACGCGCUGCCCCGGCGACCACAACAGUGGAAGGGGCACCGGUCACGGACGACUUCAUGGAGACGGACAAUACCAUUCUCACUCAGAGGGUCAUUAUUGGAACUAUGGCCCUGCUCUUUUCCUUCUUUCUCAUCAUAUUCGUUGUGUACAUCUCACGGAAGUGCUGUCCACCCACCCUGCGCCGGAUACGCCACUGCUCGGCCAUCCAGAACCGCCGGCAGAUGAGGACCCAGCCAAGGCAGCCAAUGGCGGACCUGGCCACGCAGGUGCCCUACAAUGAGUACGAACCCAGUCACGAGGAAGGGGCACUCGUCAUCAUCAACGGCUAUGGGCAGUGCAAAUGUCAGCAGCUGCCUUAUAAAGAGUGUGAAGUAUGAACUCCUAUUUAUUCCUGCAGCUUAUGGUUUGCCAUUUGACCAUUUCAGAUGAUACAGGGUUUGCUUUUUUGCUUUUUUCCAGUUUAUAUAAAUAGCAUAAUUUCUACGAGAUAGCUUUGAAAAUCUAUGGGAGUUUUUGAACGCUGAGAUGACUAGUAGAGGAUUUGACAGUUAAGAGAGGAUGUAUAGAUAUUCACACAUUUAUUUUUCUAUGAAUGCAAGGUUGUUCAUAUGAAGCAAGGGCAAUCAUUCCUAACAGAAAACGGUAAACUGAGAUUUGUCUCCACAUUAGUAAUCACUAUAUUCAGCGACACAGAGGAAAUUGCCAGCCAAAAUGUUGAUCAAAGUAAAAAUUUAACUAUUGAAUAAUGCUGAAAUUAAUUAGCAAGUAUUGUGUCUUGAAGGAGAAAGAAGACUGUAGAUCACUUACAAUCAUCACUUUGGACAAAUAAAUAAACUGGUUGUAAAAACGGUUGACAUUUGUUUUGGGAUUACCUAUGAAUUUGAAUUGGUCUUCAACCUAAAAUCGAAUAUUUCAACAUCACUCAGCUGCUAAUUAUGUAAAAAGUAACAAUUUCCUCCCCUGAUGCUGGCAAGGUCUGUCAAAUCUUGUCAGUGAAUGCCAAUGAUAGGCUCCUCGUUUCCAGGUUUAAUUUGAUUCAGUAGCCGAUCACCUCCCAUUAAAACUAAAAGCUUAGCACUGUUUGUGGAAAGGUUAAUGUCCAAUAUGCUGCAGCACUCGCUUAGUUAAAAAUGUCUGGAUGUCUUGUUCAGCUAGGACUUCAAGUGUGAAUUUAUCAAACCCUUAUGUGCAUACACUUACUCACCAUCAUUAUGCAUAUCAAAGGCGCAAGAUGACCUACAGAUGGUCUAUCUUCAACUCUCAAAUACCAUCGACACUGUGACUGUGUAGUGUUCUCAACAACUUAACCUGCUUUAUCGUCAUUUAUGGAUUCACAAAAAUAUAUGCCAGGGGCCAACACACACACAAAAGCCAAGGUAAGAGAUUCCUGGAUAUGAGAAUGUGACAAGUGCAGGGGGAGUAAUGAACAACUUAUACGCCUUUGCAGACACUGUUUCAUACUGAAAAUAAAUCUUUCCCAGGAGUCCAGUGGGGGAGCAGCCUCGAUGCAGCAUAGACUCUAAUCAGGUCUGACAGGCUCAAGAUUGAACCAAUUAAGGCCAAGCAAAAAUAAUCUAAUAUUCUGUCACCCACACCAGUGAUCCAGCAAGAUUUAGCUCGCACGGCCACUCAAAAACAAGAGCGGAUAGAACCAUCCUUUACUCCCAACAAGAGCAUGCAUCUCUAUAUCAGGAUCCUAUCUGAUGUGACAUCUGACUGACAAUGUCUCUUUCAAGCAGAAAGGAAGGGGAACGCCACAAGAAAUUUCAACAGUAACCUAGCAAAGAGCAGGCAAGUUAAACUGUGGAGAAUGUCCCCUGAGAGCGAAUGCAACUCCUGUGAUAAGCAAACAGCCAGGCUGGGUCAGGACACAUUGGUAUGCAGCAGGGAGAGGAUGUGCAUUAGCAUCCGACUAAAGCUGCCGCCGCUGCAGCUACGCAGCUCUUUGUGCUCAGUUUGGGGGUGGGGGGCAGGGAGAGAGAGAGAGAGAGAGAGACAGAGAGAGAGAGACAGAGAGAGAGAGAGAAAAGGAGGGGAAAUGAUAGAAGGACGGAGUGGAGCAAACGGGGUAAAAAUAUCUCACCUAAGCCAAUGGGUAUUCUUUCAGGCCAGAUAAUGGUAUUCCAUGGAACCAAAAUAAGCAACAAGGAAAGAAACGGGAAUGACAAAUACUGACGACUUCAAUUACAGUGAGUUCAACCUCAACUUAGUAUUAGCACUGAAUUACUGCUACCCUGAUCCAAAUAACAAUACCCUAGAGCCUGAACACAAUAAUUCAAUGGACUAUUUGACAUUUUAUAUUUUCUUCUUCUGGAUUUGGCAGACAUCGACAAGGCUAAAGACCCUUUUAAGUUGUUUAUAAAUCCUAAAGAUGCUUUUGAAUGAACAGUGCUUGGGAGAGGGAUAAGGUUGCCAGAAUCUACUUGAUCGGUUAGAAUGCAAGCUAAAUGGAGGUGCUCCCUAGAGGGUGCGAUGAAGCGCCAUCUGUGAGGGGCAGGUUAAAACCUUACUAUGGUGGAGAUCUAGAAUCUAAUCGUAGGUCUACUUAUGGCAUCAUGUUGUCAUCCAAGUUGCAAACCCAUCAGGUGUUGGGAGUGAUUUACAUACCAAUUUCAGAUUUUGAAACAGGCCCAUCCAGAUCUUUUCUAACAGGCUUUACUUAUAGAGACGGCAGGAGAGAGAGAUGGGAAAGCAGGGAAAGAGAGAGAGGUGAAGACAUGCAGGAAAUGGCCAGCGACAGAAUCAAACCCAGGUCCCUUGUUAAGGCCUUAGUCUCAGUGGUAUGAGCUCUUAGCCGGUGCACCACCGGGUCACCCCCACUUCUAGAGCAAUUCUCGUUUCUGAGAGCUGAUGUAGCAGAUCUUUACUGAGAUAUUUCAGGAGUUCAGGCUGAGUCAUGGAAAAUCAUGAACGUGUUUCAAAGUUAGACAGGACAUUUUUAUAAUAAUUGGUAUGGUUUGAAAUCAUGUGAAAGAAGUUUCAAUGUUCCAAGAUCCCAAAGCCAUGUAUCUUUAUUUCUAUGUCUCUGUUUUGUUUAUGGCUAAGCGCUGCUUUUACUCUUGCCUUUCCAAAAUGUCUUGCAUGUUCCCCCCCAAAAAAAAAAAAAGUAAAACAAAACAAAAAACUUUAAAAAAAAAAGGUCAGUCGGAGAUGGAUUGAGUUGUACCUACUGUGGGUGCUCAGCAGACACAAGGGAUAAGCCUUAUUGCUCAAGUAAUAGCUAAGGGCAGGUAAAGGAUUUUUUAAAAGAAGUGUUGUUAAAUGACAUCUCACUGUUGAAGAUACAGCUUGUUAAAAGUGAUUGAAAAUCCACAAUUUGUAGUAAUAUUCAUCCAUUUGCACUUGGGCUCUUUGUCAACUGUUUUUUGGUUCCUCUUGUCAUAUUCUAUUGCCCUGCUCCCCACUCUGCCUCAGUACCAUCUGAACUCACCCCCCAACCCCCUUCCUUAAAACCUCUUUGUGCAAACUGAAUGCUUUUCUCCUCCCUAUUCCUUUUGUAUUGUAAUAUGUAAAUUUUCAUAUAUGUAUAGUGGGUAAGAUGUGGCAAACUGAAAAGAUCUUUUUUUCCUUAAAACAUAUAUUUUUAAAUAAAAAUGGUUACAAUUUAUCCAUGGUUCUGACUUUCCACUGAAUGUUGGUUAACUUGCUAUUUGUAUACCCAAGGGAGGUAUAUACUUGCACUUUCCAAGUGUUUACCAAGCUGCAUAAAAUAUAGAGUUGUUGAAGUAUUAAGAGAUUAAUUUGGGAUUAAAAAGAAAUUAAUGCUUAUUCCACACAACCACAUAUAUGUUCAUACAAAUGUUAUCAUCCUUUACAUUGAGACUUGGACACAGAUGAUUCAUUGGGGUUUGGAACCAUUGUAAUUACAUGCCGAAAACAAGCUUCAACCAUUAGACUAAAAGGGAAACCUGGGGAAAAUGUUGUUUUUACAGGGUUACAGAAUUGGCUCCAAACCACCUCAAGAUACAUUGAGGUCAGAAUGAUACAUUUAGAAGUCCCCAGAGAGAUGGUAGACUUAGUCAUUUACAGUGCCCUCCAAAAGUAUUGGAAC